AUGGCCACCAGACGUGUUCACAGUGAAGAUGACCUCUCCUGCCCAAUUUGUGGGCAUAUUCUCAGUCAGCCAGUGGUGCUCACUUGCAAACACCGGUUCUGUAAAGUGUGCUUGAAAGACAGCUGGGAAUCCCAAGGUGGACGUGAUUCACACUACUGUCCUCUGUGCUGGCGCCGCUCCUCCAUGGAUCAAAUAGUGGUGAGCACUGUGCUGGAGAAGGCCUGUCAAUCCUUCAAAGAGGACAAAAGAAAGAAUGAUCCAGAGGCUUGUAGAGAACAUGGAGAAAAGCUCAGUCUGUUCUGUUUGGAAGAUCUGGAGCCAAUUUGUGGCGUGUGUGGGAAAACAGCUGCACAUGCUGGGCACAAGCUCUAUAACGCUGGGGAAGGUGCUCAUGACUGCAAGGAGGAACUGAAGAGUGCACUGCUUCCUUUGAAAGAAAAGUUGCAGCUGUACAGGAAGGCGAAAAUGGUCUGUGAAGAAAUGGCAGAGCAUGUCAAGAACCAAGCUGAGCACACUGAAGCACAGAUCAAAGAGGAAUUUGAAGCAAUGCACCAUUUCCUGAGAGAGCAAGAAGAAACCAGGCUCUCUGCUUUAAAAGCUGAGGAAGAUCAGAAGAAUCAGAUGAUUAUCGAGAGAACUGAGGAGAUAAACACUGAAUUGGCAUCACUCUCAAACACAAUCAGAUUGGUUGAAAACGAGAUGACAGUGCCAGACAUACCAUUUCUUAAGAAUUACAAAGAAACCAUAAAGAGGACCUGGCGAAGUUCUUUUGAUCCAAAAAUGAUUUCAGAUGGCCUAAUUGAUGUAGCCAAGCACUUGGGGUCCUUGAAGUAUAAAGUGUGGGAGAAGAUGAAACGUGUGAUAAAAUACAACCCUGUGGUUCUGGAUCCUAACACAGCAGCUAGCUGUUUCAUCCUCUCAGAAGAUCUCACCGUUGUGCAGAACUCUACCCAGAUUUUCAAGCUGCCAGACAACCCUGAACGCUUUGACAUCAGUGCUGAAAUGCUGGCUGCUGAGGGCUACUCUUCAGGACGCCACACCUGGGAUGUGGAGGUGAAGGACAACACCUACUGGGUGGUGGGUGUAGCGAGCGAAUCCAUCAACAGGAAAGGGAAGCACGUGCUGACCCCAGCAGAGGGAUUCUGGACUAUUAGGUUCCGCAAUGGAGAACAUAAGGCCUGCACUGCACCAUGGGAGCCGUUAAACAUGACUAGGAAGCCAGAAGUGAUCCGAAUUGUUUUAGACAUGGACCGUGGAAAAGUGACUUUUUAUGACCCCGGAGAGAGAACACCCCUCUACACCUUCACAGAUAUAAUGUCAUCUAAAGUCUUUCCUUACUUCUGCAGUGCUUGCAAAGAGCAUCCGAUGAAAAUCCUGCCUAUAAGGGUUUCUGUGACAACAGACCUGUAAAUUUACUUAUAUACAAUUAAGAACUGUCAAAAAUCCAAAGACAAAAACAAGAAAUUGCUUUAGCUUCUUGAAAAAUUCAUCACAUUUUCUACUGGAAAAGUGAAUGUGAAAUAAAUUAAAAGUUUUGUUACCAAAAAGUAAAAACAGCAUUGCCAAAGUAUUUUUUUUAAAAUAAUAAAUGACAUGAACACUGAAUACUUUAAAGCAUUUAAUUAGCAUUAAAACGGAACAAAUGUAGUCUGGAUGAUUUCAAAUGUAAAUAGCCUUACAAUCUUUAACAUCUAUAUAUUAUUACACUGAUAAGACACUCAACAAUGGUCAGUCUGUGACUCAGCCUUGCAUGACACAAAAAUCAUGCCCGUAACUUCCACAUUCAUGUGAGCUGCUUUCCAGGAAAUGGUUGAACACAAUGUGAAAAACUAACUGAUGAAGAA